CGCCAGACACCCUGCUUUUAGACUUGUGACUGGUCUUUUUUUUUUUACUUGUUUACAUCUUCUUUUGAUACCCAGUUACUUCAGUUUCUGUCUAGAGCUACUGUCGGGGUUUUCUCACCCGUAAUUUCUAUCAUGUCGACGAAUGCUGACGUUGACCUCUACGAGGUUUUGGGCAUCUCCAACAGUGCCAGCAAAGAUGAAAUCCGGAAGGCUUAUCGCAAGGCCGCCCUAGCAAGCCACCCCGAUAAAGUCCCCGAAGGCGAAAGAGAAGAGGCAGAGGUCAGAUUCAAAGCCGUGCAAGAAGCCUACGACAUUCUAUACGAUGAAGAGAAGCGCGAGAUCUACGAUACCCAUGGAAUGGGAGCUUUCAACGGCUCCGGCGAGCCUGGCAUGGGCGCGGGUCCCGACUUGGACGAUAUUCUUGCGCAGAUGUUUGGUGGAAUGGGUGGAAUGGGCGGCAUGGGUGGUAUGGGAGGCAUGCCCGGCGGCCCGCAUGGGCGUAAGCCGCGCAAGAGCCCGAAUGAGGAGCAAAAGUACGAAGUUCGCCUCGAGGAUCUUUACAAGGGCAAGACGGUCAAGUUUGCGAGCACGAAGAACGUGAUUUGCUCUCUGUGCCAUGGCAAAGGAGGAAAGGAGAGGGCAACGGCGAGGAAAUGCGCUACUUGCGAUGGUGAAGGUUACAAGCAGAUUUUGAGACCGAUGGGAAACUUCGUGUCUCCGACCAUGGUGCCCUGUCACACGUGUAAGGGAGCCGGCGACUACUUUACGGACAAGGAUAAGUGCAAGAAAUGCAAGGGACAGAAGACCACUGAGGCGAAGAAGAUGUUGGAAAUUUACAUCCCCCGCGGGGCGAGGGAAGGAGACAAGAUCAUCCUCGAGGGCGAAGCCGAUCAAGUACCCGGUCAGGAACCCGGAGACAUUGUCUUUCAUCUGGUGGAAGAGGAGCACUCGACGUUCAGAAGGGCUGGUCCGGAUCUGACGGCUACGAUUGACGUUACACUGGCCGAGGCUCUGACGGGCUUCUCUCGGGUGGUGGUCAAGCACCUUGACGGUCGGGGAAUCGAAAUCCAGCACCCUAAGACCCCCGGUGAGGUUUUGUCUCCGGGCCAGGUCCUGAAGGUUCCUGGGGAAGGAAUGCCGAUCAAGCGCGGCGAUGCCCGUGGUGACCUGUACCUGGUUGUCAACAUCAAGUUCCCCGACGCCAAAUGGAAGCCCAGUGCCGCUGUUCUGGAGCAACUUAGGGAGAUUCUGCCCAAGCCAGAUGCCCCCAUCCAGGCCGACACGGUGGACGAGGUGGAGUUCGACCCCAAGGGCAAUCUGGAUGAUUUCGGAGCCCAUGACCCUGAGGGGGGGUCUGCAUGGGAGGAUGACGACGAUGAGGGCGAGACAACUGCUCAGUGUGCGACUCAAUAGUCUCCUCGCAUUUUUAUCCUUUCUUUGUACC